AAAAAUAUCCAAAUAUCAAAAUAAACAUAUUAAAUAUCACUCAUCAACUUUGUAAUGUGCCGGUAAUCGUUUAAAGUGCGGAAAUUAUAAAUUUGUACACACAUUUGUGUUGUAUUGUUUUACAAAUUUUAAGUAUGCGGAUAAUAAAUUUGACAAACGAGAAUAGUUAAUGAAUCAUUGAAACUGAUAGUCUUUGGUUGUGAACUUCUUAAUUAAAUAAAUCAAAAGUACACGAAUCUUACAGUCUUAAACGGCAAGCUCAGUUUUCUUUCUAUUUUAAACAGAUAGGCAAUACAUUCAACUUACGGUGUUUCUAACACUGACAGACCCGUGGAAGCUCGUGUGAUGACAUCAAUGUUAUCAACUUUUAUGAACUGUUAAAUUAAAAAAAUAAUUGAACUUCACCAAAGCAGCAGUGGAUUUAUUUAUCUGUCCGUCGAAUACACAUACGCGUAUUCUUUUGCUGUGUUGUUCAAUUAAGAUGCAAAUAGAGAAUGUAAAAUAAUGAUAGAACGAGACAAAAAUCGUUGCAUACUAAUAGAGAAAGGUUUUAUCUCUGAUGUUCUAUUUAUUCCAGCCUUUAUUCCCUUCGUACAAGAGGAUAAAUUGUCACUGGCUUGGACGUUAUAGAUCUUCAUAUCUAGAGGUGGAAAAUUAAAUCUUUUUUUGUUGUUAUUUCGAGUUGAAAGAAAAGUGAGAUGCGAUAAGCAUUAACAAAACAUUUGCAGUGUGCAUUGUACAAUACUUCAAUUGAUAACUGCGGUUUAAAAAUGUGGGUGUCAUCGUUACAGUAACAUGCAAUUUUCAAGGUCAAUUGGUAUUGAAUUAAAUUGAAAUCACGCGAAGAAAGAAUGGUUUUAUACGACACUUAAAUAUUUGUCAAAAAUGACAUUAUAAAACAAGUGUCUAUAAAUUUCGCUAAUAAAUUUAUUGUGCGUAUAGAUUAUAUAUAUAUUUUUGUCUGUUGAUUAAAGUUUUGGAAAUUUGAAAUAAAGAAAUGUCUCUACAAAAUAGUAACGGAGAAGUUAUACCGACCAUGGAAAAGGAAACGACGGUCUCUGAAAAUGAUGCAACAAAUGGAAAUUUGAAACAUUCGGAUACAAACGGAUUUUCACGUGCUAUGAACGGACAAACAAAUGCAGACGAUAUCAUGGAUAAAAUACAAACUGUUGUAUCUUUAAAGAAACAAAUUAGUUUAACUCAAUCUGUCGCUAUUAUUGUAGGUAUUAUUAUAGGAUCUGGAAUAUUUGUGUCUCCCGUCGGAAUUUUGACUAAUGUAAAAUCCGUCGGCAUGUCUUGUGUUAUGUGGACAAUAUGCGGGGUUUUCUCUGGGCUCUGUGCAUUGUGUUACGCCGAACUUGGCGCGUGCAUUCCUCAGUCUGGCGGUGAAUAUAUCUACAUUAAACGCGCAUUUGGAGAUUUUCCUGCAUUUUUGUGUCUGUGGAUUAACUUCAUUAUUAUUUGUCCGGUCGGCAUUGCCGCGUCAUCGUUAAUUUUUGCAACGUAUGUGUUAAAGCCCAUCUUUCCAGACUGCGACCCGCCGGUUACAGCUUUACGACUUCUAGCGGCUGUUGUAGUCACAUUUAUAGUGAGCCUUAACUGUGUAAAUGUAAAAUGGUCAACAAAGUUGCAAGUUGUGAUCACCACCAGCAAAUUAGGAGCUCUGAUCAUGAUAAUUGUGAUUGGUUUUAUAUACAUUGGAAAAGGGGAUGUUGAAAAUUUUAAAGAUUCCUUUGAAGACAGUGAUUUCAGCGCGGGCUCCAUCGCCAUUGCCUUCUACUCCGGUUUCUGGGCAUUCGGUGGAUGGAGCUAUCUGAACUUUCUAACAGAUGAACUGAUUGAACCGCAUAAGAAUCUCCCACGGGCUAUUGUUAUAUCUAUUUCCAUAGUAACAGUGGUAUAUUUGAUAGCCAAUAUUGCAUACUUUGCUGUCCUCACACCGUCAGAGAUGCUGGCAUCCUCUGCAGUAGCCGUGACAUUUUCCCAGGUAACAAUUCCAGCAGCAUCUUGGAUAACACCAAUACUUAUAGCAAUCUCUGUAAUGGGAAGUAUUAAUGGAAACUCUCUCUCAAUGUCUAGAUUAUUUAUGACGGGAGCAGAGUACAAACAUCUUCCACAUUUUAUAUCUAUGAUCAACAUCAAAUAUCUCACACCAGCCCCAUCACUACUAGUCAUUAUGGUAUUGACAGUUAUAAUGCAGAGUUUUGAGGAGAUAUUUUAUCUCAUUGAGUUGAUGGGGUUCGGAUUUUCUGUGGUUCUUUGUUGUGUUUUUGCUGGGCAAAUAUAUCUCAGGUAUAAGGAACCAAAUCUACACCGACCCAUCAAGCUACCACUUGGACUGCCAAUUUUUCUAUUGUUAGUCAGUAUAGUUAUACUGGUGUUGACAGUGUACCAGAAACCUAGCGAAAGUGGACUGGGGUUGUUGUUGAUAGCGCUGGGAGCGCCAUUAUAUUUUGUUUUCAUUUUCUGGGGAAAUAAACCUAAAUCUAUACAAAACUGGAUAUUUAAGCUGACAAAUCUUAUCCAGAAGAUAAUGUACGCAUGCGCCAGUGACACUGACAAGACGGCUCUUUAACUUCCGCUAGUGAUCAGCAGAAAUCGUUACAACUACAACAACAACAACAGAAAAGCUUUAGGGAAAUUAAUUCGUGUAUUUACGUACAUUUUAUUUAUCUAAGCCUAGGACUCUACAACUGUGCAUGCAGCAAUCACAAAACGAAUUAUUUUGUUUAUCAAUGUAUGAAAAAAUAUAAGUUGUAAAAAUGUUGAAAAGAUAUUUGUGUUUAUUUUAGUUUUGCAAAUAUUGAAUACCUUUAUCAGAUAAUAUAAAACUAAAUCAGCCGUGUCAUGACAAAACCAACAUAAUGGGUUUGCGACCAGAAUGGAUCCAGACCAGCCUGCGCAUCCGCGCAGUCUGAUCAGGAUCCAUGCUAUUCGCUUACCAACCCUGUUACAAGUAGAGAAACUGAUAGCGAACAGCAUGGAUCCUGAUCAGACUGCGCGGAGGCGCAGGCUGGUCUGGAUCCAUGCUGGUCGCAAACCCAUUAUGUUGGUUUUGUCAUGACGCGGCUCAAAUAGAAUAUAAGUCGGUGGAGGGAUUUACUUGUAAAUCUAGGAGUUGUUAGCUACGGCAACUCUAAACAUCUACACUAUAAAGAGUUUAUUUCGUACAUGUUUGUUAUUUAGUUUUGUCUAAGAUUUAAUUUUAUCACACAACUUUUUAUUUGACAAAAAUUAUAUAAAGAAAUAAAAAAAUGUGGCCCUAACUUGGAAAUGCGUAUGAAUUUUCGACAUUCCCUACAAUAUCUAGUUUAGGUUUGCUAGCACACUUACGGGUAGCAACAUCUGAAACUUUUCAACAAGGAGUCCCUAUAGGUUCAAAUAGGACAAAUACUCAGUAUAUUAACAAGUCUAAUUCUUGUUAUCGCAAGAAAGAUGGCAAUAUAUAGGCUCCAAAGAAAGGUACAGUGUCGAAUUUUCAAAUGUCAUACAAUGAUUAAUCAUAUUUAACUUGCCACUGCCAUUUAUAGAUCUACGUGUAGAUCUUGCACCAAAUGGACAGUUAACACAGCAUAUACGUGUUCUUGAUCUCUAAAUAUUGACAACCGUAAUAUAUAUACCCUUUAUCAGUUAGGGUGAACCAUCAAACUAUUUAUCUAUAAAUACCUAAACUGCAAUUAAGACUGGGCGGCUAUUCUUACAAAUAACAGAAAGAAAAACUAAGACAAUAUGGCGUCGAAAUAGGGAUACAAGUGUAAUUUGAAUAAAUCAUAUUCAAAAUUCUGUGCAGAAGAAUAACUAAAUCUGAUAAAUUCCAUAAAUGUUCAUUGUAACUGUCAAGUAGUCUCAAGAAAAUCAAAAUUUUCCCGUCGAUAAAUCA